AUGGUUCUGCAGAAGUCUCUUCUUUCUCCUGUGCUGCAUGACAUGGAGAGGUUAACAAAGAGAGAUUACUCGACUAGAAAGAGAGACAUAUUAGUAGCUCAAAGGAACCUAAACAGGGCUGGGAGACCACGCCUUUCAUUGUACAGCGGUGCUACCCAAGUUGGCGCUUCCAAGCAUAGCGACAAGGGCAUCAUCGUCUUUUCGACGCCUAUGUCUCCUUCUGCGGUCUUCCUUGAUCGUCUUUUCUAUACGGCGGCGAAGUUGG